AUGGAGACGAGGUUUCAGAACGUAGAGAGCCCGUGUGAGCGCUUUGGAGACCUGCCGGACACGGAGAUCCACUCUUUACCAGUUAGUCAAGCAGAACAGUGGGUAAAAUUUGGUAAUACCACCUUUAAAACAGAUGUGUAUCUCAAGUCCCUCAACCCUCAGUGGAACUCGGAAUGGUUUAAAUUUGAGGUGGAUGAUGAAGAUUUACAAGAUGAACCUCUACAGAUCACAGUUCUUGACCACGACACUUAUAGUGCAAAUGAUGCCAUUGGUAAAGUGUACAUUGAUAUUGAUCCUUUACUCUACAGUGAAGCUGCAACAGUCAUCUCAGGAUGGUUUCCAAUUUAUGAUACUAUACAUGGUAUUCGUGGGGAAAUCAAUGUAGUUGUCAAAGUAGACCUCUUCAAUGAUUUAAAUCGAUUUAGGCAGUCAUCAUGUGGAGUCAAAUUCUUUUGCACAACAUCUAUUCCAAAGUGCUAUAGAGCUGUAAUAAUUCAUGGAUUUGUAGAAGAACUUGUGGUCAAUGAAGACCCAGAAUAUCAAUGGAUUGAUCGAAUUCGCACACCACGAGCAUCAAAUGAGGCCAGACAGAGACUCAUUUCUUUAAUGUCAGGUGAACUGCAGAGGAAGAUUGGCUUGAAAGUGCUUGAAAUGAGAGGAAAUGCGGUUGUUGGGUACUUGCAGUGUUUUGACCUGGAAGGCGAAUCUGGUUUAGUGGUACGAGCCAUAGGAACAGCGUGUACACUGGAUAAAUUAAGUAGCCCAGCAGCAUUCCUUCCUGCAUGCAAUUCCCCAUCCAAAGAAAUGAAGGAGAUUCCCUUCAAUGAAGAUCCCAACCCCAAUACUCACUCAUCAGGACCCUCCACCCCUCUGAAAAACCAAACUUAUUCCUUUUCACCUUCCAAGUCCUACAGUCGACAGUCCUCUUCUUCUGACACAGAUUUGAGUUUGACACCCAAAACUGGAAUGGGAAGUGGUAGUGCUGGAAAAGAAGGGGGGCCAUUUAAAGCUCUUUUAAGACAACAGACUCAGUCUGCAUUGGAACAGAGGGAAUUUCCAUUUUUUACCUUGACUGCGUUUCCUCCUGGAUUUCUUGUGCACGUUGGGGGCGUUGUUAGUGCACGCUCUGUGAAGCUUUUGGAUCGGAUCCACAAUCCUGAUGAACCAGAAACUCGAGAUGCAUGGUGGGCAGAAAUCAGACAAGAAAUAAAAUCACAUGCUAAAGCAUUAGGCUGUCAUGCCGUAGUGGGCUACAGUGAAUCAACUAGCAUCUGUGAAGAGGUCUGUAUUUUAUCUGCAUCUGGCACGGCAGCUGUACUGAAUCCUAGAUUUCUGCAGGAUGGCACCGUGGAGAGCUGUUUGGAACAGAGGCUAGAAGAAAAUUUGCCUGCAGGCUGUGGAUUUUGCCAUAUACCAUAUGACGAACUGAAUAUGCCAUUUCCAGCUCAUCUCACAUAUUGCUAUAACUGCAGGAAACAAAAAGUUCCUGAUGUUCUCUUUACAACUAUAGACCUCCCAACAGAUGCAACAGUUAUUGGAAAAGGUUGUCUUAUUCAAGCAAGGUUAUGUCGCUUAAAAAAGAAAGCACAAGCAGAAGCAAAUGCCACAGCGAUCAGUAACCUGUUGCCAUUUAUGGAAUAUGAAGUGCAUACUCAGCUAAUGAAUAAACUAAAACUCAAAGGAAUGAAUGCUUUAUUUGGACUGAGAAUUCAGAUCACAGUGGGCGAAAAUAUGUUGAUGGGCUUAGCAUCGGCCACGGGUGUAUAUUUAGCAGCAUUACCAAUGCCUGGUGGAAUUCAGAUUGCUGGGAAGACUCCUAAUGAUGGCUCCUAUGAACAGCAUAUAUCUCAUAUGCAAAAGAAGAUAAAUGACACAAUUGCUAAGAAUAAAGAGUUAUAUGAAAUCAGUCCUCCAGAGAUAUCUGAAGAAAUUAUAGGAUCACCCAUCCCAGAACCUCGACAGCGCUCAAGACUUCUAAGAUCUCAAUCAGAAAGCUCUGAUGAAGUUACAGAAUUGGACCUUUCACAUGGGAAAAAAGACGCAUUUGUUUUGGAGAUUGAUGACACAGAUGCUAUGGAAGAUGUACAUUCCCUCCUUACUGAUGUUCCUCCUCCUUCAGGCUUUUAUAGUUGCAAUACAGAAAUUAUGCCUGGGAUAAAUAAUUGGACAUCUGAAAUACAGAUGUUCACAUCAGUAAGAGUAAUCCGAUUAAGCAGCCUUAACCUGACUAAUCAAGCCCUCAAUAAGAACUUUAAUGAUCUCUGUGAAAAUUUGCUCAAGAGCCUGUAUUUUAAACUACGGUCUAUGAUCCCCUGCUGCCUUUGCCAUGUAAAUUUUACAGUAUCUCUGCCUGAGGAUGAAUUAAUUCAGGUUACAGUCACAGCAGUUGCAAUAACUUUUGACAAAAAUCAGGCUUUACAGACCACAAAAACACAUGCUGAAAAGUCAUUGCAAAGAGCCUCUACAGAUAAUGAAGAACUCCUGCAGUUUCCACUGGAACUCUGUUCAGAUUCGCUUCCUCCUCAUCCUUUCCCACCAGCUAAAGCAACGUCAGUUGAUUACAGUUCCUUUGCAGACAGAUGCAGCAGCUGGAUAGAGCUCAUUAAACUGAAAGCUCAGACCAUAAGGCGCGGAUCAAUUAAGACAACUGUGACAGUUGAAAAAGCAAGUCCAAUGAGUGAAGGAAAUUUCCGGAAUCGCUCUGCUCCACCUUGUGCAAAUUCUACAGUUGGGGUUGUUAAGAUGACACCUCUUUCUUUCAUUCCUGGAGCAAAAAUAACUAAAUAUCUUGGGAUAAUUAACAUGUUUUUUAUUCGGGAAACCACUUCUCUACGUGAGGAAGGAGGCGUCAGUGGUUUUCUGCACGCUUUCAUCGCUGAGGUGUUCGCCAUGGUAAGAGCUCAUGUUGCUGCCUUGGGGGGGAACGCCGUCGUCUCCUACAUAAUGAAGCAGUGCGUCUUCAUGGAGAAUCCAAACAAGAACCAGGCACAGUGUCUUAUAAAUGUCAGUGGUGAUGCAGUGGUUUUUGUCCGUGAAUCUGAAUUAGAAGUGGUAUCAACUCAGCAACCACCUGCCAACUGCCAGUCGUCGUGUCCAGGAGGAGAAGUCACAACCUGAAGCGAAUUAGAAAGAAAGCUCUGCUAAAUAAGAUGUAUCGUUCUCCAUCGUUUUGUCAUUAUCUUCCUAGGCUUUUUAAAAAUUGAACUUAAUCUGAGAUAAUUAAAAAAGAAUUGGUACAGUAUGUGUAGAUUUGAUUUGUCUAGAAUCUCUUGGAGUCAUGAGAAUUUCCUAAUCUUGACAUUUUGUUUGCCAAGCCUAGAGAGACAGGCCCCAUGGAAUCCUGACCCUUUAGUAAGUUAAGUUUCUCAGAGAACUGUAGCAAAGGUGGAAGAUAUUUGUAAUUUAUGUUGAUUUUAGUAAAAUCAUAAUUUACAAAAUGAAAUGGGGAGAUCAUCAGGAUAGUUACCCUAGUGUAACUGAGAAAAGCUAAGCAGCAAAUUUACAAGUUUAAUGAAGAAAUAGUCUGAUUUGAGGGAUGUGUGGGAAAAGGGAGAAAAGUUCUCAGAAAACUAUGUGGUUUCUUAAUAUGUUUUAUUUUAAUGAGGAAUUUGGUCACAACUGAAAGGGAGCAGUGCUUGAGCUGUCUUUUAAAAAGAAGUUAAAAUUCUGCAGCUUGUAUCCAUAAUAUGUCUUAGCUACUGUAAAAGAAGACAGACUUAUCAGUGCCGGUGUCCUUUUAUUGAAAAUUUAAUUAUAUCUCUGAGCAAGGAGGGAAAAAAAUUACUAUAUAACUUCAUAAGUGUCCAAUUUCAGUUGGUGCUUAAUUUGUCUAGAAGAGGCUUGGCUUCAACAGGGAAGAAAAGUCCAUGAACUUUGUUGAAAUAAUUAAAAUAUAAUUGAUCUAAUAGGAACGUAAAAUUAUUUUCUAAUAAAGUUGUAAUGCACUUCUACCAAAUAGGAUUUUAGUAAUGUCUUAGGGACUUUUGAUGAAGAGUUAGACUGUAUUUGGCAUAGAACUUGGAAAUGUAACUUGAAUGUAAAUAUGCUGCAAAGUGUUGAAUGUAUACAUAGGAAUACUUUUUCUGUCAAUGCCAAAUACCUGUUACAGAUGAACCUUAAAAAGUACGUUCUUCCUUUGCACAGUGAACUUUCUUUAUAAAACUCAUGAUUUUGCUCUUCCAGGAUGACAAACUGCCCUAAGGAUGAGGAGUCAUUUUCUUGUUAUCACAGGUGUCAAUAUUUUUCUGUAUUUUGUUUAUAAUUUUAUUUUUUAAAUAAAAAUUUAUAAGGAUAAACUGGAA